AUGAUCUCCCAGCUCAAAAUAUUUAAGAUAUUUAUAAUCAUUACACUAUCACAAUCUUUAUCAUCAAAGGCUCCACCCCUACCACAACCGUGUGAAGAUAAUGGGACAACUGAACUGUACGCGUUGGAUGGGUUUACCAAAGACGCCCUCAUCCUAAAAGAAGACACCUCGUUCCAAGUAUUCGGUGCAGACGCCAAUCUUAUCAGAUACGCGUGGUUGGCUGAUGACGCCGCCUGUCAGAUUCUAGCGUACAAGUUGAAGCGCCGGAAAUCGGAUAGCAAAAGAAUACGAGGAUGGAAAAAAGUGGUGACUUACGUGAUGGAUAAUAAGGAUGGAAAAAUGCAAUCGGCUGAUAAGAGAACCGACUUUUUCUUCUGCACUCAACCACGUGGUGUCGUUUUCGGGCAAAUGGUCACGAUUCCGGAGGGAAAAGACUACCAAAUGGUGUACUUCAUGAUACCACUCCUUGCACUUUGUCUUAUCCUGUCCGCAACGUUUUCCGGGUUGAAUCUCGCGAUUAUGUCGUUUAGUAUCAAUGACUUGAAGCUAAUCCAAGGCAGCGAUAGCAACCUUCACAACCAAAAACGCGCCGGUGACGUGCUUCGACUCCGGCGUCAGAGUAACCUUGUCCUGGUGACUAUCAUUUUUGGAAAUUGCUUUUGCAACGUGUCAAUCACUCUUCUAACCAAUUAUUUUGGUGAGUUCUAUGGAUUUUCUGGAUUCGGUUAUGUGGAACUCACUGCGACGUGUCUCCUCCUGAUUUUCACCGAAAUUCUGCCAUCGCUGAUUUGUACAAAAAACGCGCUGACAAUCGCCUCCGGCAUGCAAUAUUUUGUGAUUUUUGCGAUGGUCGUCACGUUGCCGGUUUCUUAUCCACUUUCCAAAUUGUUGGACCAUAUUUUGGGCAAGGAGAAUGCCGAUCUCACUUCUCCAAUCCAGAUCGAUUCGGUUCAUUUGGACGCGUUGCUCGAUGAUAAAUUCACUGAUGAUCGUGGGAUGAUGGAAGUCAUCAAAAACGCGCUUAAUCUACCCAAGAAACGUGCCGACGAAGUGAUGACGGCGAUCAAAAAGGUGAAAAUGAUAAGUGAGGAUCAGCCGGUGGCAAGCACCUUCCUCAACCACCAAUACGAUAAGGGAUUCUCCAGAUUGCCGGUUCACGCGAAGGAUGAUUGUAAUAGGAUCCUCGGCGUGCUCCACGUGACCGACGUAAUGCUGCUUAUGGAUGACGGUGCUCGAGGAAUCGACACCGAUUUGACAGCCGGCACCUUACUAGGAGUUUUAGAAAGACGUAAAAAACAUUGUUACGUGUUGAAUAGUACGCCAGUGGAGCGAUUCAUGUCUGAACUUCAACAAGGCUGCCCGAUGGCGAUAGUCGUUAAAUUUUUGGGGGAUGAGGUGGAAAAAAAGCAAGAAGCGAAGGAGGACAGUGUAGAUCAAAACCUGAAGACCGCAAUCGAUGAUGGCCUAGAAACUGCCGUGGAGAUGGAAGAGGAAUCCACCCAGUCCUUGUCCUCUUCCACGUCGUCGUCGGAGGAGGAGGCGGAGCUUUGUGACAAGGAAUUGAAAAAACCAAUAGACGAAAUUAAAAUGGUCAACGGAGAGCAAAUACCCACUGACCUUAAAGAGAGGCCUGGAGAGAAUUAUCGUGUGAUGGGCAUCGUUACGUUAGAGGAUUAUAUGGAGCAGAUUAUUGGCGAUAUACUCGAUGAGAAGGAUACGAGGAAGAGGGAUCCCAGAAAACUCAUGUUGUGA